AUGCCCAUUCAUAGAAUUUCACUAUUCAUGUUUGGAAAUAUCUGGUCCCCUUCCAAAACCAUGGUACUGCCCAAGUUGCCAGCUGCUCCCUCCACUGAACAAAUGAAAAAGAGCCCCAAGAAAACUUUACAGAACCUAGAUGAAGCAUUGAAGUAUAACAGUAUAUGUAUUUGCAAAGCCAAACCAAAGGUGGGGGAAAAGCUUUUAAAGUGUCAUAGCACAAACUGGCAAAAUGGAAAUUUUUUUCAUUUACAAUGCCUCCAGUACAGGAGAAUGCCAAACAUCAGCAAGACUACGUGGGUUUGCAGUGACUGUAAAGUCAACUUGGCUUCUCCUACCACUUGUUCUUCUUUGAAUACCACUUAUGAUGAUUCAACAACUACAAGUAGCAGUAUUCAUGAUUUACACUCAGUACCAGUGAAUCAUAACAGUGCUAAAACAGCAUCUACAUCAAGAAUUAACAUUAAUUCCCCUUCCACUUGUUCUUCUACAUGUACAACUAACAUGAUGACUAACAAUACACUUUGCUUGUCUGAUGAUGGUAAAGACAGUACUGAUGACUUUGAAAGUGAUUAUGAUGACAUUGAAAUUACCUCUGUAGGCAAAGGAGAAUCAUACUUGCCCUCCGACUAG